UCGACUCCCUGAUCAGAGAAGACGUUUAGAUCAGGGAGACAUUUCCAGACAUUUCCAGUUGAUAUUUGCAGCUGUGGAUUUUAUUCCUGGAAAACAUCGGCAUCUCUGGACUCUGUAACAGCUGAAGUUUGAACAAAGAGGAGAUGACUGCUGUACCUGCGUCGCUCUGCUGCGCUGUGCUGCUGUUUUCCUGUGUGUUUGCUGAACCGAAAACCAUCACAGCUGAGCCUGGACAGACCGUCACUCUGCCAUGUCGAGCUCCAAAUAACAACCUCAUAGUUGUAGACUGGAGCAGAACAGAUCUGGACCCAGAAUAUAUCUUUUUGUAUCGGGACGGGCACUUUGAUGCAGACAACCAGCAUCCAUCCUUUAAGAACCGGGUGGAGCUGCAGGACAGACAGAUGAAGGAUGGAGACGUGUCUGUGAUCCUGAAGGAUGUGACGACUGCUGAUAGUGGAAAAUACGAGUGUCGCAUCAAGGAAAAAGGAACAAGCAGAGCUGUUCUAGGAUCUGAGCCCAUCAGCACCAUCACCCUGAGAGUUGUUGCUCGUACAGGUCAGGUAGGAAGGAGUAAUGAUGGAGAGGAUGAGGACGAUGGAUCUGCUGGGCUGACAGCUGGUCUGUCAGUUUGUGCUGGACUUCUUGUUGUUGUUGCAGCUGUUGUUGGACUUUUGAUCUACAGAUACAAAAAACAGAGUCAAGCCAGUGACAUGCAGCCUGUCUGAAAUGUCUGAGCUUUUUCACAGUUGAACUCUGAAUCUCCCGCUGCUGCUCCGAGUCAUCAGUGUUGUCAUUUAUCAGCUGUCAUUCCCAGAUUAGGAACAUUCCCAGAAAUGGAAAGAUUACAAUGAUUGUAAAACCCACCCACUCUCAGACCCAACAAGCAGCAGGAGUUUAUCCAGAAACUCACAUUAAAUUAGAGAAAAAUGUGGAAUAAUUCAACUAAAUAACAUGUUUUUAAAAAAGUUCAAACCUGACCAGGACAUGAACCAGGACAGCUUCAUGGUGAAAGUCUGUCUGGAUUUUCUAAGAUGAAGAAAUGCUCUGACUGUGAAUCUGCAUCUGCCCUCAGUAACAUCAGCAUCACAUUAAUGCAGAACUGAGAAAUGACUCUUCCUGCAGGACAGGAGGGAAAUUUACUGUGGACCUUAACGAGAUUGGUAAUAUUCAUUAUUUUGUUUGCUGUUAUGAGUAGAAAAUGGGAUCAAACGCAUGACAUCAACUUUUUAUUUUCACUCUGUAUGGAGAGCAGCAGUUUAAUGAAGUGAACGAUGCCGUGAUGAGACUUAUGAACGUUUACGUGGUAUUAAAUAUGACGGACUCACCAUCCAGACAUGUUCCUGUGAUUAAAGACAACACCA